AUGCCAAAUUUACCAGAAACGCGAGUGAAAAGGUCAAGAACUUUCGAAAACAUUGGAGUAGAUUAUCUCGGACCGAUUUCAGUAAGAUCAAAUACAAGUACAACUAAAAGAUGGAUUGCGUUGUUUACUUGCUUUACGACGAGAGCUGUUCAUUUAAAGAUUGCCGAAGACAUAUCAGCCGAAACAUUUAUGCACAUUGUUAGAAGGUUUAUCAGUAGACGAGGUUAUCCACACCAAAUUAUCAGUGACAACGCACUUCAAUUCCAAACCGUAUUCAGUAAUAACUCAGGAAUAUGCAAAGGUCAACGAAUUUUUAGCAAAGAAAGCAAUUCAUUGAAAGAGCAGUACGCCUCGAUCUCGAUGGAGUGGAGGAUUAUAUGA